AUGUCAGACAUUGUCGCCCAGCUUGAGGUCCUCUCUCGUGAGAGUGGCUGCCUCAUUGACUUGUCGGCCAUCCUCGACCUCACCGUCUGCCCCAAGAUCGACAUCCGCACAGACAAGGGCCACAUGGUCGAGCAAAAGGACGACUACAUCUGCGUCACUCCCACCAACCCCGAGCACGAUGGCGGCAACGAUGACGACUGCCAAGAUGAGUGCAGCGAGGGCGGCCACAACGGCGGCAACCAGGGUGGCAACAAGAAAGGCAGCCAGGGCCUGCUCGACCUAGAUGUCGGCGGCAAAAAGGAUGACAAGCAAGCUCUCAUCGACGUCGACGCCUUGACUCACAGCAAGCGCCAUUACACGCACCCUCACGGCGGUAACCGUCUCCUUGACGUCGAUGUCGGCGGCAAGAAGGACAAGGACCAGGCUGCCAUCGAUGUUGACGUCGCCACCCACGACAAGCGUUGCGACAAUCACGAUGACGACCACUGCUCCCACGGUGGCGAUGAUGGUCACGGCCACGACAACGACAACGGCAACGGCAACGGCAACGGCAACGAUGGUCUCCUCGACGUCGAUGUUGGCGGCGAGAAGGACGACAAGAAUGCGGUGAUCGACAUCGAUGCCUUGACCAACAACGGCCGCAAGGGCGGUGAGAGCCAAGGACUGCUCGAUAUUGAUGUCGGCGGCAAGAAGGACGACAAGGAGGCUCUCAUUGACGUCGACGCCUUGACACAAAGCAAGCGCUGCCAUAGCUGCGAUGAGGACAACGACGGUGGCAACGGCGGCAGCGACGGCGGUAACAAGAGCGGAAACCAGGGUCUCAUCGAUCUUGAUGUCGGCGGCGAUAAGGAUGACGACGAAGCUCUCAUUGACGCUGACAUCCUCACCAACGACGGUGAGGGAGGCAACAAUGGCAACAAUGGCGAUAAUGACGACGAGGGCAACGACGGCCUCCUCGGUGGCCUUCUGGACGUCAACGUCGGCGGCGAGAAGGGCGACGGCGAUUCUCUGAUCAACGCUGACGUCCUCACCAACGACGGCAACGGUGGUCUCCUUGGUGGCCUGCUCGACCUCAACGUCGGCGGUGAGAAGGGUGACGGAAACUCUCUCAUCAACGCCGACGUUCUCACCAACAAGGUCAAGCGCUGCGACAGCGGCCACUGCUAUGAGGUCCGCAAGGACGAGGUUUGCCGCAAGAACCACGUUGCUCUCGACCUCGAGCUCCUGGUUGUCCUGGAACUCCUGACCGAGAAGGAGCUCGAGGACUACCUCAAGAAGUGCGGCGAGAUGGAGGAGGACGACUCUCUCAACACGGACGAGGACAAUGUCAUGGUUGACCCCCUCCUCUCCCUCGGCGUCGGUGAAGACGACUCCCUCCUCAACCUCGACGUCGGCGGUGAGGAUGGUCUCCUGAACCUUGAUCUGCUUGGCGAGGAUGGUCUUCUCAACCUCAACCUCCGCCGCCGUGGCAACUCUGGCAACGAGCGUCUCCUUGAUGUCGAUGUUGGCGGCAAGAAGGAUGCGGACCAGGCCGACAUUGAUGUUGACGUCUUGACCCAUGAGAAGCGCCAGCUCCUCGGCAAAGACGGCCUCCUGGACCUCCAGGUCGGUGGCUAUGCGGAUGACGACGAGUCCACCAUUGAUGUCGACCUCCUGACCAAGCCUCGUCCUAGCAACGGAAACGGAAACGGAAAUGGCAACAACAACGGAGGUCAGAAGCCCGGCCACUCCCACGGUCACCACCUCUCGCACUACCAGCCCAUGUGCGGCAAGGCGAUCAAGCCCAAGCCUGGUCGUGACCACACCGACUCCUGCCACGCCCGCGACGUCAACCACUGCUUGGCCAUCUGCCACUCGCGGUCCGCUCUGCUGACUCUUGAGGCCAACGUUGCCGACAUCAUUCUGAUUUGCGCUGCCAUCCAGUUCGACGACCACAAGAGCGACAGCGAGGACAACUGCCACUUCUUCAGCGCGCCUGAGCACCAGCCCUGCGAGGAGGAUGAGAUGGAAGACAAGGAUGAUUGCUACACAUUUGUGCGCAACUAG